AUGCUGAGCAUUGUGGACCAGAUAGUGAUCUGGCUUUUAACCGGCUUCUUAGCCGUCCUGACGAUCUUCUUUAACGUCUUUAUCCUCUUGGUGAACCAGCGCAAUGCUAGAAAAAACCACCUGCACUUAUGCCCGGGCGACACGAUAAUGACGGGCAUAUCGUUUGCCAGCAUCGGCCACCAGGUCAUCUCGUACCUGUGGAUGACCAUAGUUCAGGUGGACGUGAGCUGCACGUACGAGACGGUGGAGUCCAUCCUGCUGGUGCUGAUCUACUCGCUGAAGUUCUGCAUAAUGUGGAUGACGGCCUUCCUCACCUUCUUCUUCAGCACCAAGCUGGUGAUCCAGCCCGUCCACUGCUACACGCACGCCCAGGAUGUCAUCCUGAAGCACGUCCUCACCGUGGUCCUCGUCAUUUAUCUGUUCAGCUUCGCCAACUGCCUGCCUCUGCUAACCGUCGUGAAGCAUCAAAACAGCACCUCGGGGACGACCGACUGCGGUUCCAUCACGCCGGCGGAUUCCUCCGGACUGGGCUACGUCAUCUAUCUGAUCAUCAGCGCAGACAUCGUUCCCGGGGUGGUGAUGAUCAAAUGCAGCAUCUCCAUCUCGUACCAUCUGGCCAUCCAUCUCCAGCACAUGAAGGAAAGCUCCAACGGCGCCCACACUCCCAAGCUGGGCACCCAGAUGAGGGUGAUCAGGAUGAACCUCACCCUGGUGGCCGUCUUCCUUUGUUUUCUGGUGGUGGAUCUCUUCACGCAGUCCACCGUGAUCCUGAAACAUGAGAACACCAUGGGGCUGUCGGUCCUCUUCACCACGCUUUACACCACGGUCAGCGGGUUUAUUCUCGUCUACGGAAAGAAGAGCUUCUGGAAGGAGUUUAUUCACGUGUAUAACCUCUUCUCUGAUGAAUAUUUCUGUCUGAACUCUUUAAAAAUACCAGAAAGUAAGACUCCUGCUCACGCUCCAAACACCGCCAAUGCUGGACACGCUGCUCCCAAGCACUGA